UUACAAUUUUUGUGUGUGUGUGUGUGUGUGCAUGUGUGUGUGUGGGUGUGUGUGCGUGUGUGUCAGGGAGAGAGAGAGACAGAGAGGAGUGGAGAAAGAAAAUGAGCGCGUCUGCCUGUAGGCCAUUUCCGUGCAUGACUUAAGGUGUGUGUGCAGGUCUGAAAAAGUGUGUGCGUAUUGCGCGUACCUCGGGCCUGUGUGUGUGUGUGUGUGUGUCUGCGCGUGUGAGAGAGUGGUUUAAAGAAGGAGGUGUUUUUAUGGGAAAUAGAGAUUCUGCGCGAGUGUGUGUGCACGUGUGUGUGUGUGUGUGUGUGUGUUUACACAGACGGGAAUACUGCGCCAAAGGAAGUGCGCCGGUUCUCCGUCUGCGCGUCCCGACUUCCUGCUCUGAGGCAGGAGAGAGAAAAGCUGCGGAUCCGCUUUCAGAAAGCAGCAGCAGCAGCAGCAGCAGCAUGGAGCCCAACACACACACUCCGCUUUAAGACACAAACACACACAUCACGCAGGGCAGACGGACAGAGGAGCAGCGGCCGUCCACAGCAGGACCACGCGUGUGAUCGGUGUCAUCCCGUCAUGGAGAGUUCCAUCACGCUCUGGCAGUUCCUGUUGCAGCUGCUGCUAGACCAAAGCCACAAACAUCUAAUCUGCUGGACGUCCAACGACGGCGAGUUCAAGCUGCUUAAGUCAGAGGAAGUGGCCAAGCUCUGGGGGCUGCGCAAGAACAAAACCAACAUGAACUACGACAAGCUGAGCAGAGCGCUGCGCUAUUACUAUGACAAAAACAUCAUCAAGAAGGUGAUCGGCCAGAAGUUUGUCUACAAGUUCGUGUCGUUCCCUGAGAUUCUGAAGAUGGACCCUGCGAUGGUGGAGUCAGGCCGUAGCAGUGAGGAAAGUGGGGGCGCGACAUCAGAGCCUGAAGCUGAGGACGAGGAUGGGGGUGGGAGAAACCAGUACCUCCACUCCGGCUUGUACUCCUCCUUCACCAUCAGCUCCCUGCAACACUCCUUAGAAGCUCACCAUCCCAUCAAGAUGGAGCCCAGAUCCAGUCGCCAUGACGACAGCUCCUCUGUCAUCCGAUUCAUAACCAAUCGUGGCCACUCCUCCGUACCAUCCACCCCACCCCCGUCCUCGACGGAGCCCUCCCAUUCUUCCAGGCUGUCUCCUCAGCAGGCCCGCCCUUCCUCCUGCUCCUCCUCCCCGCCACAAAGCCCCACCCACACAGCAUGGAGGGGGCGGGGCCAGAGCCCAGAGACUGGUGAGUCGGAGCAGGGCACUCAACCUCUAAACCUGUCAUCCGGUCAGAGGGAGAGAGUAAGGUCACAUAGCACGACAACGCCAGAGAGGAGGGGAUUGGUCAAUAGCGCACCUUUGAAAAGCAGAAAACCCAAAGGCUUGGAACUCUCUGCCUCCUCCCUCCUCCUGACAGGAAGUGACCUCGUCUCCAUUGCUCUCAACAGCCCAGCGCUGCCUUCAGGGUCCAUGACCCCUGCCUUCUUCACCGCACAGACUCCGUCUGGUCUGCUGCUCACUCCCAGUCCUCUGCUCUCCAAUAUCCAUUUCUGGUCCAGCCUGAGUCCUGUGGGACCCCUCAGUCCUGCCCAACUGCAGAGCCAUGCCUCCCUCUUUCAGUUCCCCACAGUGCUGAACAGACCCAUCCCUGUGCCUUUAACCAGCAUGGAGGCCCCCUCUCCUCUGCUGCUGUCCUCCAGCUCCAACAAGUCCUGAUGCCAUCCCGAGCUCCAAGAGUGAACUGGGCCAAACCAGGCCGAGCUAGGCCAGAUCAGCAGCGAGCCAAUCAGCCUUAAACUCUGAUGAUGAACCGCACAGGAGUUGGAUUUCCUCUGAGUUACAUUUCUGAUCUGAAACCUGUUCCUUUGCGCUUAUUGUAUGAAGAAACAGGAGCUUCACUCUGAAGCUUUGCUCUCUGAGAAGAGUUUUUGCAUUAGAUAUUCCUUUGCGUGUUCUUUACAUUUGUGUUCGGGGUUCUCCUCUUUCCAGGAUGUUAAAGCCUCUCAAUUUCUAUUCAUGCAAAGAAAUUGACUGGAGGUUGGUUUCUCAUCUCAUUUUAAAUCUCAUCUCAUUCCACUUGGUUUAAACAUCAGUGAUACAGACUGGCUGUGAUUUCAUUAAACAGUGGAGAUCUGGGGAAGUCCUUUUCAGGAUCAUUAUGAGACACCAAGACCUCACUGAGCCAGAAGGUUUUACAAGUAUAAUCUACAGUUUAAGACACUUCACUUCAUAGACUCAAGUACAGCUCCUUUAAAUGAAUAAUUGAUCAUCUUGCAACUGUACAAUUAAAGAAAAUGUGCUUAUUUGUUUUCUUAACAAGAAUUAGCAAUAGAUGAGAAGGUUGAUAUGCACACUCAAUAUGAAGCCGGGGGACAGCUAGUUUAUCUUAGCAUAAAGACUGGAAACAGAUUAACAACCUGCUGUCCAAAUGUGACAAAAUCCUAACUAACUAAAAGCAUCUGAAAACACGUCAUCCAUAUGAAAACCAAAGUGUAAAAACUAGUUUGUAGUUUGUAGGUUGCCCAGCAAGUUUGUGGUGACAAGACACCACAAGAAGUUACUGCUUUUGGCCAAAAAGUAGCUAGUUAGGGCAUAAGCUUUGAAAAACCAUAAUGUGCCAUUUAAAAACAUUUUUUAUACGUAAUAAAAAAAAAGCUGGUGACAUUCAUUAGUGAAUUAGAUUUAGGCUUUGCUACCUUUGGACAGAGCCAUUCUGUUUCCGGUCUUUAUGCUAAGCUAACCAGCUGCUGGCUGUAGCUACAUAUUUAACUGACAAAAAUGAGAUCUUACUCUCUGCAACUCUCUGUUCCUGAUCACAAAAAGCUUGGUGACAAAUGCUACAGGCUACACAUGUUAGUAAUGUUAAGACUUCCUUUAAACAGGCCAAAUCUUCAAAUGUAGACAAUUUUGGGGGAGACCAAUGGCUGUGUGUCAUUUGUCAACGUUCAACCCAAUCUGUGUCAUUUGGGGAUGUGAAACAUGCAAUGAGUGACGCAUGGCAAGUGUUUCAGGAUCUUUUUUUUUUUUUUUUACACUUCACAUCCAUUUGUCCAGAUCUAGAUUGAGCGGAAAGUGUAGCCACGAGAUGAAUCCCUCACUGACUCCUAGCAGAGCGCCUGCUAGCCAGCGUGCAAAACGCUGUAGAAAUCUUCAUCUUGUCCUCUGUAUUGCUUUGACUUGACGCUGUGAACUUAAAAAAAAUUCUGUACAGUUUAAUGCUUUUUUUGUACCAGCUGUGCCUUCAAUAUUUUAACAUGUGUGUAAAUGUAUUAAGUUUUAAACCAGGUUUUAAUAGACAUUCCAGGUCAAAAUUGCACAAAAGAUUUUUUUUUUUGUAAAAUUCUUCCUGGUUAUUUUUAUAGAGAAAUGAAUGGAAAUGUAUUCUCAGUGAUUUGCUUGUGUUUUGCUGUUGUUGAAAGAAUUGUUACUGUUUUUUGGAAUAAAAUUAAUAACUUUU